UUUUUCCUAGAAAGAUAUUUUAAAUUACUCCCAGUAAUUUGAAUAGUUUUAUUCAUUUUUUCUAGAAAUUCAUUGAUUUCCUUUUUUUCUUUUCUUUUCUUUUUUUUUUUUGAGACGGAGUGUCAAUCUGUCGCCAGGCUGGAGUGCAGUGGUGUGAUCUCGGCUCACUGCAACCUCUGCCUCCCGGGUUCAAGCGAUUGCACUACAGGCCCACACCACCACGGCCCAGCUAAUUUUUGUGUUUUUAGUAAAGACAGGGUUUCACCAAGUUGGCCAGGAUGGUCUGGAUCUCUUGACCUCGUGAUCUGCCCGCCUGGGCCUCCCAAAGUGCUGGUGUGAGCCACUGCACCCGGCCCGAAUUUUUUCUUAUAAAGUGAACCCCUUAACAUUGGAGCCGAUUUUGCCUUGACUUCUAGUGAGAAUCAUAAACCGUAUAUUAAAUAGAUAUUUAUUGGGUAAGGAAUUAAUUUUAUUUAAAUUUUUGAUGAAAGCGACAUUAAAUUUCUGAUACUGUGCUGCUAUAGCACCUGGAAACCAAUUUAAUUGUUAGUCAUUCAUUAAAAAUUAACAUCACUAUCAUUUAUUAAUUUCUAAAUUUUGUAUAGUAUUUUAAGUCUACUUGUAUUGUUUAUAAGAAACCCAAGCAAAAACAUAUAGCAAUUGUUACUUUGUUAAUGUUUUAGUUCUCUACAUUUUUCCGGAUGGAGAGCAUGUAAACAUUGGAUUGUUCAGCACCCCUCAGUAUCUAUUAUUUUAAUAAGGAACUUCCACUAAACUUUAGAAAACAGUUGUUCCACUUUAGGAAUAAAAUUAUAUCAAUAAAUGUUAUAAACACAGCCUUCAUUUCAACUUGUAUAAAAUAUGUUCUUAAAUGUCCGACAAUGUAGGUUAUAGGGAAAUGUUGAUUGAAAUUGUGUCUACACUUAGAAAUUUUUUGAAUUUCAGUCGUUUACUGAAAUUAGAGAAAAUACUUUUUAACAAGUGUUUUCUUUCUUCAAGAAGACAUUCUCCUUUUAAUUGAAAUUUUCUCCCAUUAGUGAUAAAAUGAGCGAUGUAAAGAUUUCAAACUUUGAGUUAUCUUAAAAUUCAUAGUCUGUAACUUAAAAAAAUUACCCUUACCAAUUUAGAUAAUAAUUAACUUUUUCAGUCAGUAAUCCAUAAGACAGAAAUGUUUUUUAAAAAUCUUUUUUCUCCUCUCGGCUCAUACCUAACACAAGGCAGAAAUCUGGAUAUGAGAUUUGCACCUUUAAUGCCACUACCUAUUAUAUUUCCUGAAUUGUAGUAUGUGACUUUCCAAAAUGGCGGUUCCCCGCACUCUACCUUUAGUGCAAGCUAUUUGUUUGUUUUCUAAUUUAUAUUUUUAAAAACUUCACUGCCAGGCGCGGUGGCUCACGCCUGUAAUCGCAGCACUUUGGGAGGCCGAGGCGGGUGGAUCACGAGGUCAAGAGAUCGAGACCAUCCUGGUCAACAUGGUGAAACCCCGUCUCUACUAAAAAUACAAAAAAUUAGCUGGGCAUGGUGGCGCAUGCCUGUAACCCCAGCUACUCAGGAGGCUGAGGCAGGAGAAUCGCCUGAACGCAGGAGGUGGAGGUUUUGGUGAGCCGAGAUCGCGCCAUUGCACUCCAGCCUGGGUAACAAGAGCGAAACUCCGUCUCAAAAAAAAACAAAAAACAAAAAACAAAAAACUUCAUUGUUGAGUUUUUGUUAUGUGGUUUAUAUUUUUCUUUCUCUUUCAGCUAUUUUAUUUAAUGUUGUGUCAGAUAUUUUAUAAGCUAUGACUUAAAGAACUCAGUGGAGCAAGAUCAGAAUGGCCUUGAGAAUAGAGCCACAAUAAUAACUAUGAAAAUGCAAGUAACAUUUAUUUAAAAUAAAAUAUUUUAAUUUUUCCUUAAAACAUGUUUGGACCAUGCUACAUUAUAUAUUUUUUGUCAUCUCUCUCUCUCUCUUUAUUUUUCUGAGAUGGAGUCUUGUUCUCUCACCCGGGCUGGAGUUCAGUGUCACUUAGGCUGGAGUGCGGUGGUGUGAUCUCGGCUCACUGAAACCUUGGCCUCCCAGGUUCAAGCAAUUCUCCCACCUCAGUCUCCUGAGUAGCUAGGAUUACAGGCACGUGCCACUGUUCCCCACUGGUUUUUAUAUUUUUAAUGGAGACAGGGUUUCCUCAUGUUGGCCAGGUUGGUCUUGAACUCUUGACCUUAUGAUCUGCCUGCCUUGGCAUCCCAAAGUGCUGGGAUUACAUGCUUGAGACACUGUGCCCAGCCUUUUUUUUUUUUUAAUUUUCUUUGAAAACUUGAGUGGUCUCUGAGCUCCCAUCAUUAAACCUAUCUAUGUCUAUCAGCACAACUCACCUUGAAUAUAGACUUGUACUUUCAAGUGUUUGUCAUUGCACUUUUUUCAAGUUUCAUGUGCCAUUGAAACUUGGGCCCAGGUAUUUGACUGUUUGUAUGAAUAGAGGGAUGCUAUAGAUGUCAUUUUUCCUCCGCCCAUGUCCUCCAGUCUCUUAGAGCUAGUACUUAUGAAGCAUUUACUAUGUCAUCAGUAAUCAUAAAAUUUAUUCCUUAUUAUUUAUGGCUGUGUUGGUACGAUUGGUAAUUUAGUCCUUCAUAUUAAUCUUUAUUUUCUCUCAGAGUAUGGGCUCUCAUCAUAUGCAAAUUAUCGGAGGAGCUGUGAACACCUUAGUAAUAAAUUUAUCUUUUGAGGUCAUUAGUAAACAUUAACUCACUGGGAUCCAGAGAGGGUAAAAUUUAAAACAGGCUGGCAAGUUCAAAACAGAGAGGUGAGAGCAGAAGACACUUUCCUAUUUUGCAUAAUAGCUCUCCUUAUAUGCUUCUGUAGUUAACAUUCCUCAACUCAAGUCAGAAUGAUGAAACAAUAAUGAAGCUCCUCCUAUGUCGGUUCAUUUCAAGUUUUAGUUACUAUAUAGGGAAAACUAAAUUAUCACCCAAUAUCUUAGACACUUCGAGAGAAAAGGGGCCAUUGUAAAUAUGUAUACAAGUUCACAGACCUAAGUUGAGCCUGUUCCAGACAAAUGGGGCCUAUGGUCAUCCUGUCCUUAGACCUGAUAAUGCAUUAGCAGCACCUAGAGUCCUCGUUGAAUGUACUAGUUCAAGACUCCACCUCAGAAAUUCUGAAAUGGGUAGUAUUAGCAAAUUGUCAUUUUAAAGCACACCUGAGAUGAUUCUUAUACAACUGAAGUUUUAGAUCCAUAGCCCUAUUCGAUACUUGACAGUGCAAGUUUCUGUAAUUUAAAAAGAUGUGGCCUGACACCUGUAGUCCCAAAGUUUGGGAGGCCAAGGUGGGAGGGUCAAAAAAAUUAGCUGGGCAUGGUGGCACACAUCUGUAGUCUCAACUACUCAGGAAGCUGAAGUGGGAGAAUUGCUUGAGCCUGGGACAGUGAGGCUGCAGAGAACUGUGACGGCACCACUGUACUUCAACCUGGGUGAUAGCAACAUUCUGUCACAAAAAAGAAAAAGAGUAACUACACUACUCCCCACUUUUUUAUUGGACGUCUACAUUGGAAUAUAUAUGUUAUUACUUGGUAUAAAGUGUACAUUAGUAGAAAUUGAGUUGUUUUUAUUAUUUUGUGUGUGGAGAUGAUUGACCAAUGGCAAACGUAUUUUUACACUCCAGUUAGCUGAAACAGAACAUUGAUAUUUUGAUAGGUAACUCAUUACAUUUUAAUUCAAGGUUUAUAAAAAAGUAAUCUCUAAAAUCAGAUUUUGAAUGAAUGUUGACACAAGAGGCAUUCCAAAGGAGUAGAGAAGUAUAGAAACAGAAUUUAGUAGGACACAUAAACUGUUGGAUUAAGUGACACCCAUUUCUGUCAUUUUUCUUUUCAUAAAUAGUGUUGCUCUGUCAUUCAGAUUUUAAUAAAAAAGUUUAAAGUUAUUGACACACUUAAAAAUAUUCUUUACAAAAGUCAUAACAUCAUUAAAUAAAUUAACCCUUGUGUAAAACCAAACUUUCUGUUAUUAAGUUUUUCUUUCUUGGAAAGAUAGAAAACCCAUUUUUUUUCAGCAGCACAGAUAUAUAAAAUUUUCAUUCCUAAAUAUUUGAUUUCAAUAACUUUGAGAGAGAAAAAAUAUUUUUACAGCAAAUGAUAAUGAAAAACUUCAUUGACAUUGAUAACAUUUUUAGAUACAUUUCAGAACUGAGUCUUUUGGGCAUUUGAAAAGUGUAAAUGUAACAGGGAUAAAAGCAUUUGUCUCUGAAAACAGAAAUAAUAAAUUUGUUAAUUACUUUUUUAGAAUCAUAAUUAAGAUUCUUUUUUCCCAUGUAAGAUAUCAUAAAAUGAAACCUCUCCUUUUAUAAAGGAUUUUCCAAAAACAUUACUUUUCUGUUUUCUUAAAUAUGGAAAACACCACCGUCAGUCUGCGCAGUAGCAAUGAUUAAGGCAUUGUAGAGUGACCACAUUCUAUAGGUAAUAAUUUUGCCUGAUGAGCCAGAUUUGGAAUUAAGCUUCAUGAAAACAAAUAUGGUCAAAUUGAGGCCUGAGAAUAGUUUCCAUUUAUGAAGCACUCACUCUCCUUAAGGUGCUGUUGCAAGCACUUAAUAUAUUAUAAUUCAUGCAAACACCAUAUACUAUUAGGCUAGUUAUAAAAUUGGAACAUGAGGCAGGGAGAGUUUAAAUGAUUUUCACCAAAUCACGUAGCUAGUGAAUAGGACAAUAGGAAUCUAAAUGGAGAAAUGUCUGAUGUUGAAGCUAAUGAUCUCUCUAAGUUCUAGUGAAUUUAGAAUUUACGAGUUACAAACACCUAGUUGAUGCUAGUUGAUAGUUGAUGCUUGACAUUAGUGUCUAAAUAAACUUUAUUAAAUCUCAAAAUAAUGAGAAAGAGAAGUAAGUUAAGUGUCAGAACUUAAAGGGAACUAAACUUGUUAUUUAAUAAAAUAUUGGUAUACUCAGUAAUAUGCAAAUAUUAAGGGCAUGUUGAAAUUCAGCUAUCGAUAAUCAUGUAGUUAGGGAAGAAAUCACUACUCUGAAAUUCUACAUUUAAGAAAAUAUUGCACGUGGGAUCAACAUUAUUAUCUGUGAAGAGACAUAAUGUCAGGCUUUGAAAGUCCAUAGACAUAAAAAUACGUAAAAAAUUAAUAUAUGAGGGAAAGAAGUUGUAAACUCAUGGAAUUGUACUUACACCUGAAGCCACCGGAUGUCGCUGUCGUCCACAAAAUGGUUUUUAAGAACAAAGGCAUCAUCCAGUUUCUAAAGGACUGAGAAGUAGCUUCACUCUGAGAUCACAGCCAUUUCGACAGAAAAUAGAUGUAAGAAAAGGACAGAAAAUGUAAAAUCGUAUGUGCAUUCUAGACCGCUGAUUCGUCGAUUUGUAAAACAGGAGAAGAAUAAGAUGGUUUCCAGAUGUAGCUGCUUGGGGGCCCAGUGUCCGCUGCUCUCGCUUCUUCUCCUCGCAUCCUGGGAGGUGGGGAGCGGUCAGCUCCACUACUCCGUCUCGGAGGAAGCCAAACACGGCACCUUCGUGGGCCGCAUCGCGCAGGACCUGGGGCUGGAGCUGGCGGAGCUGGUGCCGCGCCUGUUCCGGGUGGCGUCCAAAACACACGGGGACCUUCUGGAGGUAAAUCUGCAGAAUGGCAUUUUGUUUGUGAAUUCUCGGAUCGACCGCGAGGAGCUGUGCGGGCGGAGCGCGGAGUGUAGCAUCCACCUGGAAGUGAUCGUGGACAGGCCGUUGCAGGUUUUCCAUGUGGAUGUGGAAAUAAAGGACAUUAACGACAAUCCGCCCAGGUUCUCCGUAGCAGAACAAAAGCUCUCAAUACCUGAAUCCAGACUGCUUGACUCUCGAUUUCCGCUAGAAGGCGCAUCUGAUGCGGAUGUUGGAGAGAACGCAUUGCUUACUUACAAACUCAGUCCAAAUGAGUUUUUUAUUCUUGAUAUUAUGAACAAAAAAGACAAAGACAAAUUCCCAGUGCUUGUUCUGCGGAAACUGCUGGAUCGUGAAGAAAAUCCUCAGCUAAAGUUGUUAUUGACAGCGACCGACGGAGGCAAACCUGAAUUUACCGGAUCUGUUUCUCUGCUUAUCCUGGUGUUAGAUGCCAACGAUAACGCCCCUAUCUUUGAUAGACCGGUUUAUGAAGUUAAGAUGUAUGAAAAUCAAGUGAACCAAACGUUAGUUAUAUGGCUCAACGCUUCUGAUUCGGAUGAAGGAAUAAACAAGGAAAUGAUAUAUUCAUUUAGCUCUUUGGUCCCACCCAUGAUAAGAAGGAAAUUUUGGAUAAAUGAAACGACGGGAGAAAUAAAAGUAAAUGAUGCUAUUGACUUUGAGGAUAGUAACACUUAUGAAAUUCAUGUAGAUGUUACAGAUAAGGGAAAUCCACCUAUGGUUGGUCACUGCACGGUCCUAGUGGAAUUACUGGAUGAAAAUGAUAAUUCACCUGAGGUGACUGUCACUUCUCUGUCUCUCCCAGUGAAAGAAGAUGCUCAAGUGGGCACCGUCAUCGCCCUGAUCAGCGUGUCUGACCAUGACUCAGGAGCCAACGGACAGGUCACCUGCUCUCUGACGCCCCAUGUCCCUUUCAAGCUGGUGUCCACCUACAAGAAUUACUACUCGUUGGUGCUGGACAGCGCCCUGGACCGCGAGACCGUGUCGGCCUAUGAGCUGGUGGUGACCGCGCGGGACGGGGGCUCCCCUUCGCUGUGGGCCACGGCCAGCGUGUCCGUGGAGGUGGCCGACGUGAACGACAACGCGCCGGCGUUCGCGCAGCCCGAGUACACGGUGUUCGUGAAGGAGAACAACCCGCCGGGCUGCCACAUCUUCACUGUGUCGGCGCGGGACGCGGACGCGCAGGAGAACGCGCUGGUGUCCUACGCGCUGGUGGAGCGGCGGGUGGGCAAUCGCGCGCUGUCGAGCUACGUGUCGGUGCACGCCGAGAGCGGCAAGGUGUACGCGCUGCAGCCGCUGGACCACGAGGAGCUGGAGCUGCUGCAGUUCCAGGUGAGUGCGCGCGACGCGGGCGUGCCGCCUCUGGGCAGCAACGUGACGCUGCAGGUGUUCGUGCUGGACGAGAACGAUAACGCGCCGGCGCUGCUGGCGUCUCCCGCUGGCAGCGCGAACGGUGCAGUCAGUGAGCUGGUGCUGCGUUCGGUGGGUGCUGGCCAAGUGGUGGCGAAGGUGCGCGCAGUGGACGCUGACUCAGGAUACAACGCGUGGCUGUCGUAUGAAUUGCAGUCGGCGGCGGUUGGCGCACGCAUUCCAUUCCGCGUGGGGCUGUACACGGGCGAGAUCAGUACGACGCGCGCUCUGGAUGAAGCUGACUCGCCGCGUCAGCGCCUAUUGGUGUUGGUGAGGGACCAUGGCGAGCCGGCGCUGACGGCCACAGCCACUGUGCUUGUGUCGCUUGUGGAGGGCGGUCAGGCACCCAAGGCCUCGUCGCGAGCGUCAGUGGGCGUGGCGCCCGAGGUGGCCCUGGUGGAUGUCAACGUGUACCUGAUCAUCGCCGUCUGCGCGGUGUCCAGCUUGCUGGUUCUCACGCUGCUGCUGUACACGGCACUGCGGUGCUCGGCGACGCCCACCGAGGGCGCCUGUGGGCCGAUGAAGCCCACGCUGGUUUGCUCUAGCGCUGUGGGGAGCUGGUCUUACUCCCAGCAGAAGCGGCAGAGGGUGUGUUCUGGGGAAGGCCCGCCCAAGACGGACCUCAUGGCCUUCAGCCCCAGCCUUCCACCUUGCCCAACAGUAGAUGUGGAAGCGGAAGAUCAGCCUAUUGGAGGGGACCACUCUAGGAAGGUCAUCAAACAUUAUCACCGACCCUUGGAAAGAAUGACUUUUUAUAAUUUGAAAAUCUCGUUUAUUCUUCAACUCCUGCUGGCUUUAAAAGCACUAAAUCCACAUAUCCUAGGAGGCAUGACUGUCCAAUAUAUCCUAUGUGUACAUUGAUUUAUGAACAAUAAAUGUUUCAUACACAGUUGAAAUUUUAAAUGAGCUUAUGAUAAUUGGGUCAGAGGAAUACUAGUCCAGCUUGAGAGUACUGCAAAAAACCAAUCACAGAAGGCUAUGAUGAAAUUUUAAUUAUAAAGGAUAUUGAAUAUCCUAGAGUGACAACUCUGCUAUAAUAGAUGUAACACUGAAUUGGAAAGAGAGAAAGUGAGAUUUUUACCUAUUUCUGUUUGAAGUCAACUUUCUGUUUCUAGCAAAUUAUCAAACCAUUCUGUUUUAAUUUUUAUAUCUUAAAAUUACCAUUCCAGUGUCUUUGAUUCACUGGGUUUAUUAGAAAAUUGGCCAAUAAAUAUAUAAUAGAUAUAGAAAAGUCUGCCUGGGCAUGGUGGCUCACAUCUGUAAUAAUAGUGUAUUGAUUGUUAUCAUUGUUCUAUUUUAUUAUUAGCUAUUGUUGUUAAUCUUUUACUGUGCAUAAUUUAUAAAUUAAACUUCAUCAUGGGUGUGUAUGUAUAGGAAAAAUGUGGUAUACAUAAUAUUCAAUAUUAUCCCUGGUUUGGGACAUUCAGUAGGGGUCUGAAGGUGGGUGAGGUGAGCCUAUUCUGGGAGGCUGAAGUGGGCAGAUUGCUUGAGCCCAGGAGUUCAGGACCAGCCUAGGCAAUAUGGUGAAAUGCUGUCUCUACAAAAAAUGCAAAAAUUAUCUGGGCGUGGUAGUGCAUGACUGUAGUCCCAGCUACCCAGGAGGCUGAGGUGGGAGCAUCACUGAGCCCAGUGGUUGAGGCUACAGUAAACUGUGAUCAUGCUACUGCACUCCAGGGGGACGACUGAGUGGGAUCCUGUCUCAAAAAAAGUCACAAAUUAAGAUAAAGUGUCGACUGAUCUGAGAGUUUGCGUAUUUUUUUUUCUAUUUUGUGCUGAAAAGCUGAAGUUGGCAUCAACCAAGGCAUAUUGUUACAUAUGCAUCAAACUAAAUAAUUUUAAGAUUUUUAAGACCAUUAAUUCACAGAUGCUGUAUAAAUAGAAUCAGUACUAGAUUUUUUGUUUCAAUUCUACCAGCCAAGUAUAGUAUGCUUUCCUUGCUUGUGAUAGAAAAAAGAAAAAACACAGAAGCAAAAUUGAAGAAUUUGUAAAUCAUUUCUAAAUAACUUUAAUAAAAUGAGCUUUGAAAGGGAAAAAUUUUAAAUAAGAUCUCAUCAAAAUGCCUUAAAGUGUAUUUUAAUAUUCAGUAAAAAUAGUGUAUAUUGACAUGACUAAUUUAGAGAAUUUAUAUUUUACCCACAUUAUGAUGUAUUAUGCCUGUAACUGCUAAAGGAAUUAUGUAACAAAAUCUAUCAAAGAAUACACCAGUGGGAUUUAUAUCAGAAAAAUCAAAGCAAUUUGUAAAGCACCAUUACUUAGGCAGAAUAUCGUAGGUAGGAGGAAGACGGUACUGAAAGAAGUUGGGAUAUGAAGUAUAAAUCUAUUUUGCAUCAUGAUUUUGCUAAUUCUGGCCAUUUAUUAUAAAAACAUGUACAGAAGAUUCUUUUGCAAUUUCUAAAAGAGAAAGAAACUUGUAGUUUGUGAGAACAAUAGUAUUCCUUGUGAAAUACUUAGAUAUUAAUAGCUUGAGACUGAUAAUAUGACUCUUAAGUUAGGGGUUGCAUGUGUAGUGGUCAGGUGUUAUUUCAGAAUCUCAAGAAACAGAACCAUGGUAAAAAGAAGCUUCCUGGAGCUUUUGAUAAAUUCUUUCACCUUUUUGGGACCCAUUUUCUUCAUCAAUAUCAACCUCAUUGGGGUCCUUUGAGGAGUACAGAGGUUAGAUAUAUGCUGAAAUAAUAUGCCAACUCUUAAGUGCUACGGCAUUAGGAUGCAAGGGGGCUAGUGCCCAAAAAGUCAAUAAUUACUUGAUACUCUAUGUAUCUGAAUGGAUAAUUUUGAGAAGUAAUCCUUCUGACACAGAGGUGCAGGUUUGUUAGUUUGUUCCAGCAGCAAACAUAAUGGGUACAGAAAAGAGAAACUGUGGCCUGCAUAUAGACUGAGCUUAGGACAACAGUUGGAAAACAGUUCAAAUUCAAGGUACUUCAACAAUAUCUAACAUGUUUUUGAAAUGUAUUUUUUAAACCGCUAUCCAAAUCAAUGAAUGCUUUGGCUAAAAUCUACUUGGAAACGAGGGUGUUCUUUAGUGCCAAAUACCCAUUUUAUUUUGGUCUGUGGCUAAAAUCUGAAGAGUUACAGAAGAGAAAUGGGAACAAACAAGGUUUUCUAUUAAAAUAAGAGGUCCCAAGUGAUGAAUGGAAACUUGGAACAGGUUUAAUGGCAUCUAUAAGCCAGAAAUUAGCUGCAGUGCACACUCAUGAAUCUUGGAGCAUAUCUUGAGUUUCAGAUAGAAAAUUGCUACUAAGUUUAGUGAAUUAGAAACAUAGCGUAACCUAGGAAGUUGCAAUUCUUGUCCCAAAAAUGCUCAACUUGCUGUUGGACUGGCAUGGACACUUGGUACCUCCUUGUUUUGAGUCAUUAAUAAAGUGUUGAAUGGGAUAAGACUUAGAGUGGAUCCCUGUAGUCCCCCAUUAGAAUUCUCCUUUUAAGUUAAAGUAUUCCAUUAAUAAAUACUUUUUGGCACGUUAUUUAAGCAAUUAAAAAAUCACCUAACUACACUGUCUUGCAGCUGCCUUUCUUUCUUUAUCUCGUUCACAUGAGUAUAUUGAGAAACUUUGUUUAAUGUCUCCAUGAAUUCUAGAUGAACUGUUCCUGCAGCAUUUCUUUUUUUUUUUAAUUUUCUUUUGAUAUUAUUGCAUUUAUUUUGGCAGUGAUUCUAGCAACUAAAAUCUAAAAUGCCCAUAUGAAAAACAACCUUAAGUCUAUGUGGUUAGUUUGAAGUUACCGGUUUUUCAUUACUGUUUCUAGUCCUUAGUAUGAAUGCCUUCAUUUCUAAGCAUUCAUAAACAAUCACUUUAGUAAUAUUAGAGUUUUGAAGGAAUUUGUAUCAAGCUCAAUGGCACUUUUUAAAAGAUAGGAAAUUGGGUUCCCUAGUCACAUCUGUAAGUCCUUCAGUGCCUUGGAAUAUCAUUUAUUUGGCCCCAGAUACUUACAUCACUUUUACAUCUCCUAUCUCUUUAUGGAGCUUGAGGCUCAAGUUUCAUGUAACCAUUUUCUUCAAUGAAAAAGAAUUAAAGAAUUUUAUAGUUUAAAAAUACUUUAAUACUCUAUGAUUCUUGUUAGGCCAUCUCAGUUGAGAAUACUUAUAGAGAAGUAAAGCUCCCCCAAUACUGACUAGUUUGAUUUUAUCUGUUAAUAUUAUACAAUCUACCCUAAACCUUUAGCCUGUCUCUCUCUUUUUAUUGUUACUCAUCCAAAGAUGGCUUGAAUCUCUUUGUUUAUUUAUUUUAUUUUACUUUUUAUUUUUUUGAGAUGGAGUCUCACUUUGUUGCCCAGGCUGGAGUGCAAUGGUGCCAUCUCGGCUCACUGUAACCUCUGCCUCCCAGGUUCAAAUGAUUCUCCUGCCUCAGCCUUCCAAGUAGCUGGGAUUACAGGCUCAUGCCACUGUGGCCAGCUAAUUUUUGUAUUUUUAUUAGGGACAGGGUUUCACCAUCUUGGCCAGGCUGGUUUCAAACUCCUGACCUCAUGAUCCACCCGCCUCAGACUCCCAAAGUGCUGGGAUUACAGUGGUGAGCCACCAUUCCCGGCUCUCUUUGUUUAUUUUAAGCAAUUUUCAGACACCUCAGCCAACUAUCAAUAAUAUAUUAGUUUUUCAGAACUAAAAACUUAGAGGAUCUCCCCCUAAAAGCCAAUUGUUAAUGCCAAAUAUUUGAUUGAUAUAUUUCUUCUGGAAGAAGAGAUGUGAAAAGUUUAUCCAUCAAAACUUUUGUCAUCUUCCCAUCCACUGAAUGUUUUAUCUGUAAAUAAUGCUAUAAUCAUAUUGGAAAGUAUUUCCCUUCUGGGGAUACAUGAAGAUCAGGAAUCCUAUUUGUUUUUUAACAAGAUGGCAUUUUUAAAAACUACUUUGGACAACACUAAACAUUAGAGGUGACCAUUUGUCUCUCUAUUUUAUUAUAUAACUUGGGCUCACUUUGUAGAGCAACAUAAAUACAUAAAUUAAAACAUGAAAACUAGAUCCUUCCCUAUUUGACAGAUACUCUCCUAAUUCACAUAAAUUAUUCUUUCUCUAUUAUUAGCACCAUUACAGACCAUUUUACUUUUGGCCACAGGACAAAAAUACAUGCUCAUUAGUUUGAUCAGCUUUGGGGCUGGUCAUUAUAAGAGUAUCUGUCAAAUAGGGAAGGAUCUAGUUGUAUUGUAAUUGGUUUUGCUCCUAUGCCCUGUGAUCUCAUGAUAGAUGUAUUUAACAAACAUAAUUAAGAGAGACAACUGAGGGAUACUAUUUCAAAGUUCUUGUCUAGCAUAGGGCUAAACGAACAUAAUGUCCUAUCCAAUCAUGUCACUUUUCUUGUUAGUUAUUAGCAAGGAACAUGUUUAUUUUAUAUUUUGUAAUUUUAAUAUAAAGUAGAAAAAGUAUUAUAUUAUUUUUUUGGCAGGGCCUUUCUUAGGGUCCAAAAACUUUAUCAGUGGGAUUCAGUUCUCCGGGUUUGAAAUACUUUGUUUCAUAUCUUCAUUUGACAAUUUUACUAUGUAAAAUCAUUUCAGAUUCUCAACCUCCUCUCCAUAAGAUAUGCCCUAUAUCUAUACAGAAAAGGGCUAUAGCAGCUUUUCUUGAAUUUACUAAAAAUAAGAUCUGAAGAAAAUGAAGCGAUAAACAUUUAUUGAAAGUCUAUAAGGGUUUCUACAUUGUGAAGGAGACAGAAAUAUAAGACAUGUCUCCUGUUUUUAGGUUGCUUAUAAUUAAAGAGAUGUUAAAGUAUUUGGAUGAAUUAAAAAAUGGCACAUGUCAGCUUACAGAGAUAUGCUGGAGACUGUGAAAAUGAAAAAAAAACACAUGUUUAGAAUAGACACUGUUUCAUGGAUUAGGUAGGUUUUCACCUGGACUUGAAAUGUAUAUAAGAUUUUUUUUUUUUGAGACGGAGUUUCGCUUUUGUUGCCCAGAUUGGAGUACAAUGGCGCAAUCUUGGCUCACUGCAGCCUCGCCUCCCAGGUUCAAGUGAUUCUCCUGCCUCAGCCUCCUGAUUAGCUGGGAUUACAGGCAGGGGCCACCAUACCUGGUUAAUUUUGUAUUUUUAGUAGAGACUGGGUUUCUCUGUUUGUCAGGCUGGUCUCAAACUCCCGACCUGAGGUGAUCCGUCUGCCUCGGCCUCCCAAAGUUCUGGCAUUACAGGUGUGAGCCAUAUAUAAGAUUUUAAAAGGAAGAGAGAAAAUAAGAUGCUGUUUGUAUUAGAAUUACACGGGUAAAUUUGUAAAUUUAGUUCUUUUCAAAGAACAUUAAUUGAGCACCUGUGCUAAGCUCCAUACUGGGUGCUAUAGAUUACAGGAACUAACUUCAUAGUCUAUUGCUAAAGUAUUUCUGUGUAUCCUAAAAAGGUAAAUCUCUUGUGAGGAAACAAAUCCCUUGAAGGAGUUCUCAUAACAGAAGCCCCAUUUCCUUGGUGAUAUAAAAAGGGGCUGUUUUUUUCUCAAAAUGUGAUAUAGUUCCAGAAGUAAUUGGGAAAGCUUAACUUUGUUGCAUACUCAUCUUCCCUAUCAUUGUUGAUUUCCUAUAUGGCCUAGUUACACGUGCUUAUCUGUGUUUGAUAGCUAAAGGGCGGUGCUACAUGUAAGGCUGCCAACUAAGGUGUUAUCCGAUGAUGAUAUAUUGUUGCAUUUCAUGACAACAGCAACAACAACAAUAAUAUACUUAUUAGUCACUGUGCAAAUUGCUUUACAUACAUUUUCUCAUGUAAUCAUAAUAAUAACCCUAAGAGUGUUGCUUACUAUUGUUUUCCUUAAUUAAAAUGAAUAAAAUGAAGCUUAGGUUAAGUAACAUGUCCGUAGCUACACGGUUAGUCAUUGGCAGGGGUGUGACUGACUACAAAGUCUGUGUUUCUAAUUACUGUGUUCUUCUACUUUUUAAUAGGGAGUUCUUGAAAGUCCAAGGAAAGGAAUGCAUAAUGGUGUGGUCAAGGCAUUAGCAUUAAUAUUUGUAGAAAGGGUAAUUAACAACAGUCUGAGCAAUCACAUUCUAACAACUAGUAAAGUUGGCAGAAGCCUGGGUAUAAUAGUGUGACGAACAAAAUCAUUAUAGUGCCAAAUAGAGUAUACCAUCUCUUUAGUACAAUAUCUUUCAAAAGGAGGCUGAUUGUGUUGGCUUUAUGUUUGCCUCCUCAAUAAUUAAGGCAGCAAAUAUUAGUUGGAGCUUCCAAUACCUAACGGGCCUAAAACAGCAAAAUGGACAACCUGGCAUGUGUCCUUGCUGGAAGAUGACAAGAGUGCUGAAAGGAGAAUCCAGGUUUUUCUCCUGAGACAUGAUACUUGGGGGCUUCCAUUAAAAAGUCACCAAGUCUCUGUCACUGCAAUCUCUUCCUUAAGUGCCUAUGAUCUUUUCACAGUCACAGGUCUAUGCCUGAUCAACACCCAGUGGCCAAGUCUCUCAGCUGUGGGCAGAGAUGGCAGCGACUUGGAGGGCUGGGGGCAGAUGACAGGAGGAAAGAUCAUUUUUUCUGACAACUUACAACUUGAUUCCACUUAUAAGCCAUCUAUUUUCAGAAAUAAGUAAUGGGUGAGGACAUAGGCCAGGUCCACAAUUUGUGCACUUGAGAGAUUAAGGCCUCACAGAUCAAAUUGCCACAGCAAACUGAGAUAGAAUUAUUGCAGGGAUGUUUGGGGAGGAUGCAGAGAAAGGAGGAAGAAGGCAGAGACCCAAGAAAGGAGACAGGAAUAGAUUUUGAUGAAAAUUACUUCCUACUCUGUACCCUUGAGGGAACAAAGAGGACAAAUAAGAAGCGGAGUGAUAGGAGGAAGCUGGGUGUUUCUCCGGAAUAAAACUGGGUAGGUAGUGGAGCAUUGUUAGUGAGUGUGCUAGGGAUUAGGGAUGUGCUAGUUCAGCCUUUGAACUCUGGGGGUCAGGAUCACAACCUUGGCUCCUUUAACCAUCCCCUCUAGGAGGGAAGCAUGCCAAAUGUCAGGUCUCACUCUGACUUUGUUCCACUCCAUAGCUAGAAAAUGACCCAUACAGGAAGAUACACGGAUGAGAGGAUACUGGGAGAUGAGGAAGAGAAAGACAUUUUAGUGAGUGCUUUUUGCACAUGAGCCAAUAGAUUUCAAAUUCCUGUGGAAGAAAUGUGAGGACUUGGGAAGAGUGAAUAUUCAUUGCCUCUGAGCAGCAGAGGCAAUGACACUGCUUGGAAAGAUUUUCUCUGAUCCUUCUGCCUUCUCCUUUACUGAACUGAAUUUGUUGUCUCUUCGUUGCCUCUGUUGCAGUACAAGAGGAAUCUUAGGGGCACAGAAGAGCAGAAGUCUAAGGAGUCUUAUAUUUAAGGAAGAGAAGCUGCAGCCAUUGAAAUUGCUGGUUAUUGUAAGAUAAAUCCCAGACUUCCACGUUUUGCUUAACGACAGCAGAUUUUUUUUUUUUUUUUUUUUUUUAACUGCAAAGCAUUAAUGGAAUCCAAAUUCCAGCCUGGCUUAGGAGAUCAACAGUAACUCUCUUGAUUUAAUGGUUUUGCAGACUCUUGAAGACAUUGUUAUCCAUUAAAGAAAAAAUUUUAAAUCACUCUUGAAAGAAAACGUCUUGUAUGAUAAAUGAAAAAGAUUUGAAGCAAGAUUCGAAAAAGCUUGAGGGAAGAAUCUCUUUAAACAUUUUACCAGAUUUUCUCCACUACCGUCAAAAUGGAUCAAAUAACAGAUUUGCCUACAGCUUCAUGGAGUUUUUUUAAAAUAGAGCAUUUUAAAUAUUCAAAUAUUGGUUAUUUGCCAAGGCACACACUGAAAGUAAGGGCCACUUGGCCGGGAGCAGAAUUGAAUCUUGGAUUCCAGGUUGCUGGUUUUAGGCUUGCUCCUGGAAAGAGGGCAGCGUUUGCCAUUCCCCUCCUUUUGCCCCAGGAGUUGAGCACUUUCUGCAGUACUUAAGAGUGUCCAGGGAAGAUGUAGGGGUCAGGUGAAUAGUUCCCACCGCCAAUAACCCCAAAGCGCCGCCCCCCUGCGUUGUUUCCUUUUUAUGUUAGAGCCGCCGCCCGGGUGCCCCUCCGUUUAUUUUCCUGAAUUGCGCUUGGAAAUCUUUUCUUCUGGGGAGCUGAUGGCCAGACUUCUAGGGACUUGACUGCUUUUCCCAGACUAAUCUCCUUAAAGACCCGUUAAGCAGGCGAGAGACCGUGGAGACUGGAUGAACAGGACAGUGGGGGUAGGGAGAAAGGGAGUGGCCGUGUUCCUGCGGUCCGCUGGGAUCCAGCAGGUCCAGGAUGAAGGAGAUGGGGUUGGAGAGGCUGAGCAGUCCGGGCUCGCUGUCUGCCACUACGGCACGGAAUCAGAGCCUGACUUACUGAGCCCUCCUCCCCCUCCUCCUCCCCCACCCCUCCGUCUCCCCUUCUGCUUCCUUUUCCCUCCCCCUGGAGCGGUAGCGGCUGCAGCAGCAGGAAGCCAAGCCGGGUUGAACGACUCGGAGGCGAGCGGAGGAGCUGGAAUAUGAGGAGUCAGCGAGGGCGGCGGGGCCAGGAGCCCUUGGGAGGGCCUACGGAGGGAGCGGCUCCAUGCGUUUGCUAGCGCGUGAGCGGUGGGGGAGCGGGCGCAGGGUGGCACGAGCGGAGGCGGGGCCCGGGCGUGGAGCACGGCUGGGGAAGCUGCCGCCUCCGGCCCUGC